AUGCCCAGACCGCCCUCGUCCCCGUCUCCGCCGCCGGCCUCUUUCUCCUUCACAGGCGGAGGCUUUGACUUUCCCCAUGCCUCGACGUCGCCGCCAACCGUCUCCCGUACCACAAUCACGAGCGCUUCACGCAGUGCCCUGCGCCCGAACCCCCAGCACACCCCGGCCCUCCACGAUGCCGAACCCGCACCCAGACCCACGGCCAGGCGCACCCGCAACGCUACCAGACGCGGCUCACUCCACCGCAUAUUUGGUCCCCCACGUGACAGCGACGCGGUAGACAACCUCUCCAGACGCCCUCCCACGGCCAACCCCAACCGUCCCCGUGCCACGCCAAGCGAACGUUACCUCCGCCGCUCUCAAGCCCGCAUCAGGGAACAGCGCUCCGCCGACAUGGACUCGCCCAACGACGUGCUCGACUCGCUGAGCGACCUCCCCAUCACCAACCCCUUCACUGCCCCCUCGUAUGCCCAGUCCCGUCCCCGGAGCCCCAUUGUGCAGGUCAACAGCGAGCGCCGCCACAAGCGAAGGAAGCUUCAACACGACUCCAGCGCCGCGCCCGAGUACAUGUGCUUCAAGUAUGGCCACAAGGGCCAGGUCGUGUCUGGACGGCUGAGGAUGGAGAUUGUGAGCUGCGACGGGGGUGAGCACCGGAGAGACAAUCCGCCAGGCCUGUACAGGGUCCAGAAUGUCCUGAAGAACGACAAAAGCGUCUAUUGCAGUGAAAGCUCCCAGUGCAACCUUUUGUUGAAGCACAUCGGGGAGGCUCCGUUUGCUCUGGAAAAGGUCGUCAUCCGCGCCCCGGACCGUGGCUUCACUGCUCCCGUUCAAGAGGGGCUUGUCUUCGUGUCCAUGUCUGCAGACCAUCUUCUCGCCGGCACAUCAGCCUACAACCUCCGGUACGACAAUCGGUCCCCGCUCAUGUCACCUACGCCCAGCUCUCCAACCGAAGACAACGAACACAUAUCACUAAGGGAAGCCCUGCAAGACCCCUCGAUAUGGCAGUACUCCCAUCAAGGCACUCAAGAAGACAUGGAGGAACGCAUCGAGAAUCUCCGACUUCGCAGCGAGAGGCUGAACGCGGAAUCGGUUGACUUGAUAUCGUCUUUGCGCUCCGACUCGGAACGGCGUCGGAUCUUGCGCCAGAUGGUGGAACAUGAAGACGAAGCAGAUGGCGACAACUGCGAUCAUGCGGGAGAGGAGUCUUAUAGCGGUCCUGCUGGCGUUUCCGCACCCACUCCGCCGCCCUUCACCGUCACCACUGCUGCUAGUGAGGAGGAAUCUUCAGACUCGAAUGAGGAACAACCCAGUGCUGCCAUCAUGGCGGACCGGCUCCGGAGAGAAAGUCGUUGGCGUCCCGACAGUGAUGACGAUGACGAUGAAAUCAUUCCACGCAUGGGACCCCUCCGCCGAGCACCAGCCCUCGAUUACACUUCCAUGGGCGAAUGGAGGGAGAGAAGAGAAAGAUAUCUGGAGCCUAUCCGCGCUUCGCGUGUGGCUGCACCGAGUCGCAUUGAACCCUCUGAAUCCUCACCAGACACCGAUGUACUCAUCCCGCCUCAUGCGAGGUUCUUCAUUGCGAAAAACAAAAACAAAAUCACCAUCAAGUUCCACCCUGCCAUCUCGGGGAGAUAUGUCCUGCUGAAGUUUUGGAGCCCGAAACAUGACGGCAACAUCGACAUCGAAAGCGUUCAGCUCCACGGAUAUUCGGGUCCAAGAUACUUUCCUGCUAUGCAACCACGAUAG